GCAGCAGCCGGUCCAGAUGGGAAAACUUUUGCGGCCGGCGACGACGUGCAGUAUGUACUUUUGCUUUGCUGGUGGCUGUCGCAAAAGUAGAAAAAUCGGGGACAUAGAUGAGAGGACGUCAACAAGAAACAGUUGAUGUGUCGGAAAAAGUAGAUCAGGAAUCAGGCCCGCUGAGGUAGAGAGCAAUGUAACAAAUUCACGCAUCACAUCAACCUCACCUGCUCACGAAAAUUGGAUCAGCACUUCGAAGCGAAUCGCCCUAAAUCUGGAAGAGCUGCGGCCUCAUCGCGAUCCAAAAGUCAGAAACGUCCAGGACGAAGGCAAGUUCACGAAAAUAACCUUCUGUCCACAGCACACGGUCAGGAGUAUCUACUCGUUCACAAAAACCAUCCACGUAAUGCUGGAUCAGGAUGGAGACCAAUGCCAAGCUGUUUGACCCUCUUACAAGUAAACGACCCAAGCCAAGGAUUGACAUUGAAUGACCACGAAAUUGAUCUCUUGCAACCACUGAAAAUUGCACACGAAAGUGCUCGAAAAUUGAAAGCGAUUGAUUUUUCCGACCUCGCGCGGUUUUUCAUAAUCGAACCCGCCGGCGGGCAGGGCCUCUACCCGAAGACAUAACUCAACAUUGAUUCUCUUGACAAGAAAGUGUUUCCUUUUUCAACAAAAACCCAAUCAGGUGGCGAGCGGACAAUGAGAGAAGAUGACGAUGUUCCGGUUGUGAAGAAUAGACAAGCUGUACCUAGACCUAGAUUCCGCUUGUAGAGAUAGGAUCUAUUCUAAGAAAUAGCGGAACUUAUUGUUACUUCCGCGGUGCUGCUUAGGACAAGAGCCACACUACGAAGCACUUCCGCGGCACGACUCAAUAAAUUGAUAUUUUUUCAUUCGGUCCGAAAGAUAACGAAUUCUCCUCAGAAAGCAUAGAGCAACGACACUUUUUACGACUCUAUCCUGGCGACUAUCAACUUUUAAACUAAACUUGACUAUAAAAAAAGCGACGAUGAUAUGGAGAGAAAAAAGUUUGUCACAGUCACUAACUUGCAGGUUUUGCAUUACAAAUCUUCUCAGCAUCACAAACUUUUCUUGUAUUGCAGAAACACUAGGGAAAUCCCUAACGAAGUUUGGCUGUGAUGCAUUUUUACGCAUGACAAACAAUUUUGUAUUGCAAGAAUGCGCAUGAGUGAUCGUGACGAACUUUUUUUCUUUGAUACAUGAAGAUCGAGGAGGUCGCGUCCACGACGAAGAGUGCCCGGGUGGCCUCGCACUCGCUGCCUGGCAAAACAAGUAGAGCGCCGUCGAGGCUUUUGGCCGGUUCGCAUCUAUCAAGAGGGGGCAACAUGAUUGCCGGGGCUCGGUUUCGCUUCAUCAUCUUGCUUGUGUAUUUGCUUCUUGGGAUCUGGCAUCGUGAGUUCCAUGGGCUCCGGGCCGGAGGGGCUUCACGCCGAGGGACCUGGGGUGCCUUUUCCGACACCUUGACCAAUCCGGUCCGCACUUUGUGCGCGUAUUUGUGCUCGUCCGGGCCCCUCGAGUGAGCGACGUGUUCUAGCGCGGCGCCGGCGACUGUUGUGGCACAGUCUGGGGGACGGGUCCGUCGUCGUGGUUGUUGGGUGUUUGAGAGGUACACAUGUAAAGCACGCGGACGCCCUCCCAGAUCGGGGCUGUGCACUGGGAAACAUUGUGGCCAUUUGAGUCAAGAGCCGCUACGCAGCUAUCGGCACAUUCAUUACGGCGGCCUGCGUUUUUGCGCCCCGUCAGCUCCCUUAUUAUCGUGCUAAGGGGGCCACUUUGGCGCUUUUAGAGGUGACCUAGGCGACCCCUCUCGCCCCAAAAUCCCAAAAAGUGCGAAAUUCUGAAUUCAUUCUGAAUUCAUUAAGAAAAGCACUUAGUUCCAGGGCGGUUCUGCAUUAAGUUUACCGUAAACGAAUAGUCCUCAAUCUCAGACUCAGAAAGCAUAGAAAACAAUACUUUCCACGAAAUUUGUAUUCCGGCGACUAUAAAUAUCGAUAC